UAUUUUAUUUUUUAUUUUUUAUUUUUUAUCUUUCUUUUUUUUUUAUCUUUUCUUAGUAAAAUGAAACGGCAUGAAGCAUCGCCAUUAUUAGAUAAUGCUAGCACUUCUAAUUACGAUACUGCAAGGAUUCAUGAUGAGGAAGAAGUGGAUAUAUCCAGUGUAAAGCAUAAUACACUGUCUGAAGAUAACGAUGAAAUAUUAAGGAAGAGAUUAAACGGUGCUUCAAUUUAUGCCAUUUUCUCAGGUCUAUAUAUUGCUGUUAUAUUGUCUUCUUUAGAUUCAUCUAUAGUUGCUACCAUCUACCCUCAAAUUGGAACUGAAUUUAAAAGAUCAAAUGAAAUUGUUUGGAUUGCAACUUCAUAUAUGUUAAGUUAUACUGCUCUUCAACCCCUAUAUGGCCGAAUCUCGGAUGUUUUUGGUCGAAAGUCAGCUUUAUUAUUUGCAACUUGUGUUUUCUUCUUUGGAUCAUUAUUUUGUGGUAUGGCAACUAAUUUAUGGGCUCUUGUUGUUGCUCGUGCCAUUGCUGGAGUGGGUGGCGGAGGUAUCAAUUGUAUGACUACAGUAAUUAAUUCUGAUUUGGUGCCAUUAAGAGAAAGAGGAAGAUUCCAGAGUUAUGGCAAUAUAGCUUAUGCUGUAGGAUCUGUAGUAGGUGCUCCUUUAGGUGGUCUUUUAACUGAUACACUAGGAUGGCGUUUCUGCUUUUAUAUUAACUUGCCAUUUUUACUCUUAACCAUUUAUAUUGCCACUCAACUCUUAACAAAUUACAAUUUACAAGAGGAUAAAGAAACAACAUUUAAAGAACGACUUAAACGAAUUGAUUAUGUCGGCGCCAUUAUCAUUGUUUUAGCUGUCGUAAGCUUUUUGAUUGCUACCUCAUUAGGAGGUAACAUUAAAGCUUGGUCUGAUCCCUUCGUGUUAAGCUGUUUUGUAUGUAGUUUUGUUUUGGUCAUUCUGUUUUGCAUUAUUGAAGCUAAAUAUGCAUUGUAUCCUUUAAUGCCCUGGAACAUCAUCUCAAGUAGGACCCCCCUAGCUUGUUCUUUUACCAAUUUUUGGUGUGUCAUGGCUACUACAGCUCUUGUCUAUAUCACACCUCUCUUCUUUCAAGCCCUAAUGGGUUUCAGUCCUUCUUUAGCUGGGCUUUAUGUGUUACCUAAAGUUGCAUCCAUUUCUAUUGGCUCUGUCCUAGCUGGUAUGUACAUGUCACGUACAGGUGAAUAUCGCAAGAUUACAAUCGUAAUGGCUCUUAUUUCUUUUAUCUCUAUGGUUGGUUAUACAGCUUGGGUACCCAACAAGACAUCCAAGGCAUUCAUGUUUGCCUGUUUAACAGGAGAUGGUCUAUCAUUUGGUGCUAUCAUUACAACGACAUUAAUAGCUAUGCAUUCUUGUGUUGAACAUUCAGAAAUGGCAACUAUCACAUCCAUGUCUUAUCUUUUUAGAUCUGUUGGUGGUGUUAUUGGUAUCUCUUUAACUUCUGCCAUUUUUCAAGGAGCCGUAAAAUAUAUUUUAACAGAUAAAAUCAAAGGGCCUAACGCUGAUCUGUAUAUUGAAAUUGCUCGUAAAUCAAUGACAGAAGUACGUGACCUUUUACCUCCCGAUGUUCUCCAAAUCGUACUUGAUGCUUAUCAAGUGAGUCUUCGAUAUACCUAUGGUACUUGUAUUUUGUUAAGCAUUUUAACAGUCUUGUGCACUUUGUUCAUACAAAGCGUUCAAUUGUCUAACAAAACCAGCCGCUAAAACAAUAGAAUUCAACAUAUAUAGAAAGCAUAUCAUCUUUUUAAUAAUAACAAUAUGAAAGAAAAAGAAAAAGAAAAAAAAAAGAUGCUGAUCCGUUCCUAUUAGAUAAUCUAACAAUAGAUAAACAUUUAUAUUAUACAUU